AUGUCCGAACCUGAGUCCCGAGACGAAAACCAAGAUUCUACUCUCAACGGCCAUGAGUCUAUAUCCGGUCUUGCGUCAGAAUUUUCCAGCGAAGCUGCGAGGUUAGCUGCUGAGAUAGAAGACCUGUUCGGGGCUCGGGCUAGAAUAACCUACGGGGGCAAUACGCAUGCUGCUCGACGUAUUGUGCACCCACCUUAUCAGCCUCUCUCAAGUAACGCUGCACUUGAUGAGCCUGGCACAACGCAUUCUUCCCCUCAAAACAUCGUUUUUGAAUUGCCCGUGCGCCAGCAUGUCGAUCAAUCGGCCUCGGAUUUUCUUUUCAAUAUAAAUCCUGUUGGUCCUGCAACUUACCCCCGAUCAUUGUCUCCGCCGAACGUACCUGUACAUCCGAAUUUUGCAGCCAGACAGGUCUCUUUUAGAGGGCCAACGGUUCGCGUUUCCAUUUUAGGAUCAAACUUGGUAGCAACAAAUGAACGAAACGGGAAUCGAGCGCAAGAAGGCAUGCAAAUAGAUGGUUCUACACGCGUUCCACUCACUCCACAGGCCAUUCUAAAUAUGAUGGAUACGCGCCAGUACCCAGAAGUACCUCAAGGACGCUUCGCUGAGUAUAUACACAGAACUACUUGGGCACAAAUAGGUAUACCGCCUAGCGGGUGGCCGUUGCCUUUGUUUGCUAACUCGAGAUCUGAUCGUCCGACACGAGUACCCAAUCAAGCAACGUUCACUAACCCAACAAUCUCUGAUGCCCAUCAGGCUCGAUCCAUGGCCAUGGUACAGGUGGAGGAAAAUGAGCCUGAUGAAAAUGACAUACCACCAGAGCCGAUAGACAAGUCUGAAUUGCUGGUGAACUUUCAGUGCAAAGUCUGUCUUUCUCAAAGGAUUGACACAGUUUUGAUUCCUUGUGGUCAUGUUGCCCUUUGUCGAUGGUGCUCAAAAAGAUGGAUCCCAAGGAAUACCCUUCAAAGUUCGGCAAAUUGUCCUAUUUGUGCGAAGACUGUUCACUCAAAGUACCGAAUAUAUGUCCCUUGA